GAGGCACAGCAGCAGCGGCGGCGGCGGCGGCGGCGGCGGCGGCGGCGGCGGCGGCGGCGGCAGCAGCGCCGCGGCAACAGCAGCAGCAGCAGCAGCAGCGGCAGCUCCUCAGGCUGCAGCGGCGCCACCUGCUCGGCGCGGCAAGGUGCCCGACUCGUUAGCUCACCGGACCACUGCGGCGACUCCCGGCAUGGCGGACCCGGACAACCAGGCGCCCGCGGAGCCCGGCCAGGCGGCGGCGGCGGCGGCGGCGGAGGCGGCGGCGGCAGCGGCGGCGGCGGAGGAGGAGGUGAUGGGCGAGGGCGGUGCCGAGGGAGGUGACUGUGUCGGGGCGGCCGCGCAGCCCGCGCCCCCGCCGCCACCCCCGCCGCCCGCGGCCGAGAGCGCGCGGCCCAAGCACGACUUCCUCGAGAGCCUGCCCAACUCGGUCAAGUGCCGCGUGCUGGCGCUCAAGAAGCUGCAGAAGCGCUGCGACAAGAUCGAGGCCAAGUUCGACAAGGAGUUCCAGGCGCUGGAGAAGAAGUACAACGACAUCUACAAGCCGCUGCUCGCCAAGAUCCAGGAGCUGACGGGCGAGAUGGAGGGCUGCGCCUGGACCCUCGAGGGCGACGACGACGACGACGACACCGACUACGACGACGACAACAACGACGGCGACGACGACAACGACGGCGACGAUGAUGACGACGAGGCUGCGGGGGCGGCCGCAGGGGGCAAAGGGCGCGGCCACCACGGCCACGGGGGCGCCCACGACGCCAAGAAGUAAGGCAUCAAGCUUUGCAUUUCACAGCAGGCGACGACCAAGACUACGAUGGAGUGGAGAAAAAAGACUGAGACAGAACUGAGUGAAGACACCUGGACCACUGCCACUAUCUCUAUCCAUCCAUCCAUCCAUUCCCCGGACUGUCCCAAGGAGCGAGAGGAAGAGGACCUGAGCAGGAGGGUGUACAAGCUGUAUCAUAGUGUCCACACGCCCACCCCCAGCCCCAUCUCCUUUGCCCUGUUCCCUGGCCCCCGUCUGUGCCCCCAAGGUGUAAACACCCCCUCCCCUUCCAAGUGUUUGAGUAUUUAAAUCCCUUUAUCUAGUA